AUGUCGCGCGAAAUUGAGCAGCUGGCUCAGCCAGCAAAUAAAAGAAAGAUGCGACUCAUUGUCGCUAGCUGUAGUCGAACAGGCACACUGGGACUCCAUGCAGGACUGGAAAUGCUGGGGUAUACGCCCUAUCACAUGAUUGAUGUGAUGUUCAAGGGUAGAAGCCCUCACAUGAAGGUGUUCACAGAGGCUAUAGUUGCCAAUCACAACCAACUCUCCGGCAUCAAGCGAUACGAGACGCCAGACGUGGACAGGUGGAUAGGAAACUAUGAUUGCUUGAUGGAAAUCCCAAGUUACAUCGGGACUAGGGCCAUCAGGGGAUAUAUUGAAGAUCCCAACGUCAAGUUUAUAGUGACCGAGCGCAUGCCUGAAAAAUGGGUCAGGUCAAUCGACAAUACUAUUGGGGAAGCUGUCAAGGCAGCCAACCAGUUUCCACUCAAUAUUCUGAAGCGUUUUGACUCGGAGCUCGGCCAUUUCCUGCACCUCGCCACGGUAAUGUACUGGGCUUAUGCGGAUGGGGCGAACCCAGGUGAUGCCAACAGUGAAGCCGCUCUCUACAAGAACUACGUGGAAUAUAUUCGAACUAUGAAGGAAACACUUCCCGAGGAUAGGCUCCUAGUGGUGAAGCUUGAGGAUGGCCUGGGCUGGGAACAGAUCUGCCCGUUCUUAGACCUGCCAAUACCCGAGGAAAAGUUUCCUCGUGGUAAUGAGCCCGACAAGUUUCACAGGAUUGUUGCGGACUAUAUGGAACCCAGAGUGAAGGCAGCCAUCCUGAACUUCGGUGCAAUGGUCACCGCCACAGCUGGAGUAGCUGGAUAUUUGGGGUGGCGGUACUUUGCUAUCUCGGACGAGCAUGGACUGGACAAUUCUGGAAGGUUUGCUGGUUCUGACGACCAGCGUGAAAAGCUGAAUGUCUACUUUUCUGAGAUGGAGGCACAGCAAUAUGUCCCUCGUGCAGUACUGCUUGACUCGAAAACUGAGAGUAGGGACAGAAUUUGUACAGGUCCUCUUCGCGCCCUCUUCCGCCCUCGUAGCCUUUUGUUCAGAGGCUAUGGCGCCGGUCAAUGCUGGGCAGCUGGCCAUCACACUGCAGGCGCCGAGCUUAUCGACGAUUCUCUUGAUAUUGUGCGCCGUGAGGCUGAGGCCUGUGAAUGUCUGCAAGGUUUCCAGAUCACUCACUCCUUAGGUGGGGGAACGGGAAGCGGUAUGGGCGCACUGUUGAUCUCAAGGUUGCGCGACGAAUUUCCCGAUAAAAUGAUCGCAACUUUCUCUAUAUUCCCUUCACUCGUACCCGAUGUCGUUGUCGAGCCCUACAAUGUAACCUUGUCGAUGAAUCAGCUGAUCGAAGAUUGCGAUGCAACUUUCUGCAUCGAUAAUCAGGCCCUUAUAGAUAUCUGCACGGGGAGUCUUGGGUUACACGAUCCUUCUCAUAUGGAACUGAACCCCCCGAUCGCAGAGGCUAUGUCUGGUGUUACGGCUUGUUUUCGUUUCCCCGGGCAGCUCAAUUCGGACCUGCGCAAGCUGACAAUGAACAUGGUGCCAUCUGCUCGCCUACACUUUUUUAUGCUUGGACUGGCCCCUCUGCCCGGUUAUACUUCCCGGUCCUCCAUCCGUGUACCGCAGAUCACUCACCAGCUAUUCAGACGCGACAAUAUAAUGGCGUCUGGGGACCACCAGAUGAGCCAUUUCCUCUCAUGUUUGACCAUUUUCCGCGGCAAGGUCAACAUGGCCGAAGUCGAAGCACAAAUGAACAAUCUGCGGAAUAACCGCUCUGCUGAGUUUAUCGAAUGGGCUCCCAAUAACAUUCGAUCCACUGUGUAUUUGCCUCGUAGCCCCGAUGUGUCAUGCGCACUCUUGGCCAACUCGACAUCGAUUCAGGAGGUGUUUAGUCGCAUCAGUGGGCAGUUUUCUGCGUUGUACAGGCGCAAGGCCUAUAUGAAUCCUUAUACCAUGCAUGGGGUGGAUGAGCUUGAUUUUAUGGAAGCGGAGUCAAACAUGAAUGAUUUGAUCGAAGAAUACCAGGAGCAUCAGGGCGGCCCUGUGCGCUAG